CACCCAGAGACUCAGUUUGCCCCGGGGAGAUGCCAGGUCUGGAGCCAGGGGAAAUUAUAGGCGCAGGUGGACAUCGCUCCAUCCGGGGAGCCCCUCCCCAGGACUCCAAUUAAAGGCCCUCAGGGCUAAUCGAGGCGGUUGACACGGCUCUGCGGGCCUCGCCUGCCACUCGCCCGCCAGCCGAGGCCAUUGUCCCCUUAAUUGGCUAUCUCCAGGCACACCCUCCCACCAGCCCCAGGUACUGUGGAUCCCAGCUCCAGCUAUGUGCUAAUUGGGCACGGGGAGGGGGGCAACCUGGGGCAGAAAGCCCCCUCCUCUCCCAGCCCCAUGACUGCCUAUAUCAGCCCCUCACCUGCUGCUGUGGGGGAGACAGAAGGGCGGGCUUGGGCCGAGGGCUGCCCUCCGUGCCAGCAGCACUGUGGGCUCACCAAGCCAUGCACCCUGGCAGCCCCACAGCCCCUGGGGUCUCCGAGCCCAGCCCCCAUGAGCUGUGUGCCUUCGUGAGGGGCGCCGCUGCCCACAUGCUGCGGGCCUUGCAACCCCGGCGCCUCCGGCCCCCCAAGAGGAGACCCAACCACAGGCGCUUCCUGCACAACCAGAUCUGCAGGCAGUUCGCCCAGAUUGAAGCGGCCACCCAGCGCCUGGCCCUGUCCAUCCUGUCACAGGAGGUGCCUCCGCGGAGACCGCAGCCCCUUAGGCCUCCGCCGCCACCAUCCCCUUUCCUGGGGGUGGCCCGCGCCUUGGCGCCCUCGGAGGGGCCCCACACCGGCCCCAGCCUGAGCCUUGCUGCGUUGGACAGCUCCACGCUGGAUCUCUUCGAGGACAUCACUCUCACCCCGGAGGAUCCCCGGGUGUCCACCAAUGCCCCUGCCCCGAGGCUGCUGGCAGCAGCUCCUACCCAGGGCACCCUGGGCCAGCCAGACCUGAUGCACUGCCCCAGCGCCCUGACCCCUACCCUGCAGGCCCCGGGGGUUGGGGCUGAUUUCGGGGCUUCUGGCUGGGACUGGGAGGACAGCUGGGAAGUUCCCUGGACCCGGGAAUCUCCUGAGGGCUGGGGGGCCUGCUCCCCGUGAUAGCCGGUUACAUCCCAGCCCAGGCCCAGGAGGA